AUGAAUUUUUGAUCAUGGCUUCUUCUGCUGUUGAGCGAAAGCCUAAACCCUCUGGUCGAAGCAAGAAUGAUGUACGGUUAUUGAAACGGAAAAGAGAUAUUGACGAGUAUGAAACCCUCCAGAAAGCAGUCGAGGAACUGGACCUCAAAGCAGACACCAAGGACUUUUCAAAACUGCCAUUAUCCCAGCCCACUUCGCGUGGGCUCGAUGCUUCGCAUUUCAAAACCUUAACAGACAUUCAAUCGAAAGCCAUACCUCUUGCGCUGAAGGGUCGCGACAUACUUGGAGCUGCAAAGACCGGAAGUGGAAAGACCUUGUCCUUCAUAGUACCAGUGUUGGAAAAUCUCUAUAGGGCAAAAUGGACCGAACUAGAUGGGCUGGGUGCCCUCAUCAUUUCGCCUACUCGAGAACUCGCAAUUCAGAUAUUCGAAGUCCUUCGCAAAGUCGGACGGUAUCACACCUUUUCCGCAGGCCUAGUUAUAGGCGGUAAGAGCCUACAGGAGGAGCGAGAACGCCUAGGCAGGAUGAACAUCUUGGUUUGCACACCUGGGAGAAUGCUACAACAUAUGGACCAGACAGCUGCUUUCGAAGUAGACAAUUUACAGAUGCUUGUUUUGGACGAGGCAGAUCGCAUUAUGGAUAUGGGUUUUCAAACGUCAGUUGAUGCAAUUGUCGAGCAUCUGCCAAAGCAGAGGCAGACAAUGCUAUUCAGCGCCACCCAGACGAAGAAGGUCUCUGACCUAGCGAGACUAAGUCUACGCGACCCCGAGUACGUGGCAGUGCACGAAGCUGCUUCACAUGCUACACCAACUACCUUACAACAAUACUACGUUAUCACUCCACUUUCAGAGAAACUCAACACCCUCUUCAGCUUCAUCAGAUCAAAUUUGAAGGCAAAGAUAAUAGUCUUCAUGUCAUCUGGUAAGCAGGUAAGAUUUGUGUACGAGAGUUUCCGACAUAUGCAGCCAGGUAUUCCUCUGCUCCAUCUCCAUGGACGUCAGAAGCAGACCGCGAGGUUGGAUAUCACAUCCAAAUUUUUGUCCACGAAGAAUUCCUGCAUAUUCGCUACUGAUGUUGUUGCCCGAGGUCUUGAUUUCCCUGCUGUCGAUUGGGUCAUUCAGAUGGAUUGUCCUGAAGAUGCGGAUACUUACAUCCACCGAGUGGGUCGUACUGCGCGGUACGAACGAGCUGGCAAAGCUGUCUUGUUCCUGGACCCAAGCGAGAAGGAAGGGAUGUUGAAACGACUUGAGCUCAAGAAAGUGCCUGUACAGCAAACGAAAGCAAGAGAGAAGAAGCAACAGAGCAUUCAGAACCAGUUGCAGAACAUGUGUUUCCAGGAUCCAGAAUUGAAAUAUAUAGGCCAGAAGGCUUUCGUCAGUUAUGCAAAGUCAAUAUUUGUACAGAAAGAUAAGGAAAUCUUCAAUAUCAGCAAGUAUGAUCUUGAAGGAUAUGCAGUGAGUAUGGGCCUUCCUGGUACACCGAAGAUCAAAUUCCAGAAAGGAGAGGAUAUGAAGAAGCUGAAAAAUGCACCCAGAGCUGCCUUGUCGAGUGAUGAAGAGAGUGACGAAGAGAAUAAGGGAAAGAAGGAUAAGAAAUCGGACGUACGGACAAGAUAUGAUCGCAUGUUCGAGCGUCAGAAUCAAAACGUUCUUUCUGGCCACUACUCGAAAUUGGUUGCUGACGAUGACCGCCAUCAGCAUGUCGACACAGACGAAGAAGAAGACUUCUUAUCCGUGAAGAGGGUCGUGCCCGUGGAGAGCGAAUCUGAAUCGGAGGAUGAGGAUGUAGCAGCUUCUGGACCUGCACCAAAAUUGAUUGCAGGUAUUGGCAAGGACCCACUGGUCAUCGAUUCAAAGCGAAGAGAGAAAUUGUUGAGGUCUAAGAAGAAGCUCACCAAACUGAAAGAAAAGGGUACUAAGGUGGUGUUCGAUGAAAAUGGUGUCCCACAUCAAAUUUACGAACUUGAGGACGAGGAUGACUUCCAGCAAAGAGGUCCAGCGGCGGAUCAAAGAGCCAAAUUCUUGGAGGAAGAGGCUGCACGAGUCCAAGAAGCAGAUCUUGACGACAAGCAACUCGCGAAGCAGAAGAAGCGAGAGAAGAGGGCGAAGCGAAAGGCUAGGGAAGCUGCAUUGGCAGCUGGCAUUGAAGAUCCCGAAGCACCUGCUCUUGCUGAUGCAGAUGAUGACGAGGAUCCGUUGGCUCUUCUUGCUUCAUUGCCUUUAGCUGAUGAUGAACAAGAACAAGAUGAAAGACCUCCGAAGAGACCUAAGAAAUGGUUUGAGGAUGAUUCAGGGGAUGAGAGGAAGGCGAAGAAAAAGAGAGCCCAUAUCAUUGAGGCAGAGGAUGAGCCUGAGACUCUGGAAGAUCUCGAAGCUCUCGCAGCUGGUCUUCUUACUUGAGCAUCAAGUAGAUAGCAAUGUAAAAUGUGAUACCC